ACGCCGAGCAGUGACAGCUCCGCGCCUGCCCCCGCAGGGGCACCGACUCAGACCAGGAAACCCCGGGGAUUGCGGCCUUCCGUCCAGAUGACACCGGCACGAGACAGCCGCGCUGCUGGGUGGAGCUAGCAUUUAGCUAAGCUAACAACCCUAAAUUCGAGACGACACAAAUGGAUAACCCAAUUCAGAACAAGGAUGAUGGAAGGACGUCAUACUCAAGCUAUUAGCAUGGACCCGCGAAGACAGGAACUGCUUGAAGCUCGCUUUACUGGAACUGGGGUCACCAAGAGUUCAGCCACCAGUGAGUCAUCAAACCAGUCCAUGUGCAGCAUAGUGUCACUGAGUGACAAGGAAUCAGAGACGCCAGAGAAGAAAGCCAACAAGAGAAGCAGGAAGAGAAAAGGAGACGUCUGUGACGGCAACAGCCAUGGAAAGGGGAGGGGCCACAACACAGGUGAUUCUUUUGAGUGUGCCGGCAGCAGCAGCUCUGGUCCUGCUGGAAGCAUCCAUGUGCUGCUGCGCUCUUCUUCCCAGCACUCACUUUCUUAUCCUCCAUUUCAGCUCAGCAGUCCUUCGUCGACAGGCUCAACCCACACAGACUCCACGUCUUUCAGCUCAUUUGGGACAACACAUACACCAACUUUAUCACACAAAGCAACCCAGUCAGAACUGACUUUGCUGAAACUGAAAGCAAUAGAGAAGGUCAAGGACUCAAAUCUGGAAAAGACAGAAGGGAGGAUAGAUGCCUUGCUGAGGGCUAAUUGUGAUUUGAGGCGGCAGGUGGAUGAGCAGCAGAAGAUGCUCGAGCUCUACAGGGAGCGGCUAAACAAGUGUGUGAAGAUGAGCAAGAAGCUGCUGGUUGACAAGUCAAAGCAGGAAAAGAUGUCCUGCAGGGACAAAAGCAUGCAGGAUCGGCUACGUUUAGGCCACUUCACCACGGUCCGUCAUGGAGCCUCCUUCACAGAGCAGUGGACAAAUGGAUACGCCUUCCAGAACCUCAUCAGGCAGCAAGAACAAAUCAACUCGCAGCGGGAGGACAUUGAAAGGCAGAGGAAGCUGCUGGGGAAGAGGAAACCUCCAACAACACAGGCACCCCCACCCAACAUGGAACAGAGCAAACGGAGGAGCAGAAGCAAUGGCCAGGAGAAUGAAACGUUGUCGUUGUCAGAAUACCGGCAGCAAGAGGAGAUUUUCAAACUUCAAAUUGGUCGCUUAAAAAAGGAAGAAGCAGAAAUCCAGACAGAGCUGGAACAUUUGGAGCGGGUUAGAAGCCUGCACAUCCGGGAGCUCAAGAGGAUUCAUAAUGAGGACACCUCCAAAUUUAACGAUCAUCCUACGCUGAAUGACCGAUACCUGCUUUUACAUUUACUUGGAAGAGGUGGCUUUAGUGAAGUUUUCAAAGCUUUUGAUUUAGCCGAGCAAAGGUAUGUGGCCAUUAAAAUCUACCAACUCAACAAAAACUGGAGAGAAGAGAAGAAGGACAACUACCUCAAACACACCUGUCGGGAGUACAGGAUUCACAAAGAGCUCGAUCAUCCUCGAAUAGUCAAACUUUUUGACCAUUUUUCAAUCGACAGGGACUCGUUCUGCACAGUUCUGGAGUACUGUGCAGGCAAUGAUCUGGAUUUCUACUUGAAGCAGAAUAAGUCGAUGGCGGAAAAGGAGGCUCGCUCCAUUGUCAUGCAGCUCGUCAACGCGCUCAAGUAUCUCAGUCAGAUCCGCUCUCCCAUCAUCCACUAUGACCUCAAGCCUGGAAACAUCCUGCUGGCUAACGGGAACGCAUGUGGUGAGAUAAAACUCACUGACUUCGGCUCGUCUAAGCUCUUGGAUGACGACAGCUUCCACUCUGCAGAUGGGAUGGAGCUGAACUCGCAGGGAGCAGGAACUUACUGGUAUUUACCACCUGAGUGCUAUAUAGUAGGGAAAGACCCCCUGAAAAUAUCCAGUAAAAUAGAUGUUUGGUCUGUGGGGGUCAUAUUUUACCAGUGCUUAUUUGGGCGCAAGCCGUUUGGUCAUAAUCAGUCACAGCAGGAUAUCCUCCAAGAAAACACCAUAUUUAAAGCUACGGAGGUGCAGUUCCCUCCCAAACCUGUCAUCACUGCAGGAGCGAAGGCCUUCAUUCGACGUUGCCUAGCUUAUCACAAGGAGGACCGUGUGGAUGUGUUGCAGUUGGCCAGCGACCCCUUCCUAAUGCCUAGUACUCGUAAAGCCCUUGGUAGCAACACAACGUUGGUGCCCCCAUGUCCCUCCACCUCCAGCUGCUACAGCAGCAGUGCCUCCAACUCAAGUUAACCUAAGAGUAAACCACCCAAAUGUGACGCAACCCACAUAAAGACAUGCUUGAAUCCCCUCGUUUAGCCCACAGGAGGGAAGGAUCCCGAACUGGAACCAGACUAGUAACAUGGU